UUAAAGUACAUUAUUAACCAUAAUUAUAAUUAUCGAGUCGUACGUGAUAAAGUUUGUCACAAAUAACGCAGUAUCGCCGAGUGCUAAUGCGUGGCAUUUCAGAAAGUUCUCCAAGUCGCACAAUGGCCGAUGACUUGGACGUCGAAGCGAUGCUGGAGGCUCCCUACCGAAAAGGGGAGCAGGACUCCUCAUCCAAAGACAGGUCCAAGGAAAAUGGGUCAAGCAGAACAUCAUCUCGGAAAAACAAGCACAGAUCGAAGUCGCGCUCCCGGUCGAGGGACCGGCGAGACCGCCGCGAUCGAGAAAAAGAUCGGGACAGGACCAAGGACCGGGACCGAGAUCGUGACCGCGACAGAGACAGAGACAGGGACAGAGAUCGCGAGCGAGAGCGCGAACGAGAACGUGAGCGGGAGAAGGAGCGAGAAAGAGACCGCGAGCGUGAUCGUGACAGAGACAAGAAACGCAGGUCCAGGUCUAGGGACAAGAAGGACCGGGAUCUCGAUGAUAAGGAUAAAGAUAAGGAGAAGGAUAAGGAAAAAGACCGGGAACGUGAUCGUGAUCGCCGGGACAGAGAUGCGCGAGAUCGCAGAAGGAAGAGGUCCUUGACGCCACUUACAUUGCCUAGAGCUCGGCCUUUUGGAAAAGGUGUCAGUCCUUUGGGAUUACGAAAUGAUGAGUUGACUCCAGAAGAACGCGAUGCACGUACAGUGUUCUGUAUGCAGUUGAGCCAACGUAUUAGAGCGCGUGAUCUGGAAGAAUUCUUCUCGAGCGUCGGGAAAGUCCAAGACGUUCGAUUGAUCACGUGUAACAAGACCCGGCGGUUCAAAGGUAUCGCUUAUGUAGAAUUCAAAGAUCCAGAGAGUGUAACUCUGGCUCUCGGGUUGUCUGGUCAAAAGCUUUUGGGAGUUCCCAUUGUCGUACAGCACACACAAGCCGAAAAGAAUCGCAUGGGCAAUUCAAUGCCAAAUCUAAUGCCUAAAGGACAGACCGGGCCUAUGAGACUCUACGUUGGCUCGCUGCAUUUCAAUAUCACCGAAGACAUGCUCCGCGGUAUCUUCGAGCCGUUUGGCAAAAUUGACAACAUCCAGUUGAUCAUGGAUCCCGAAACUGGUCGCAGCAAAGGCUACGGCUUUUUGACAUUUAGAAACUCUGACGACGCCAAAAAAGCACUUGAGCAGCUGAACGGGUUCGAGCUGGCUGGCAGACCGAUGAAAGUUGGUAAUGUCACGGAAAGGACUGACCUCAUGCAAGGAAACUCCCUUCUCGAUACUGAUGAACUUGAUCGCAGUGGCAUUGACCUUGGUGCCACUGGAAGGCUGCAAUUGAUGUUCAAGUUGGCUGAAGGAACCGGGUUAGAGAUACCACCAGCUGCUGCUAAUGCGCUGAAUAUGGCUCCGACGCUUGCUGCUCCUCAGCCGGCUCAGCAACCAGCUCCGCCUAUUGCUACCCAGUGUUUCAUGCUCUCUAAUAUUGAGUCAAAUCCAAAUUGGGCGCGAGAAAUUCGCGACGAUGUAAUAGAAGAGUGUAAUAAACACGGAGGAGUAUUUCAUGUGUACCUGGACCAGGCCUCACCUCAAGGCAACGUCUACGUAAAAUGUCCGUCAAUCGCCACCGCAGUCGCAGCAGUUAAUUCUCUUCACGGGCGAUGGUUCGCCGGACGAGUCAUAACUGCUGCUUACGUGCCUCUCAUAAAUUACCACUCAUUGUUCCCCGACGCAAUGACAGCGGUCCAGUUGCUGACCCCCAGCGCGCCGAGAAGAGGCAUUUAA